AUGUCUACAGUGAUACAGCUGGCGAGUGCCUCACACGGCAGUUCUACUCCGUCUUCGUCUACUUACGGAACUGUUGAUGGCAGAGCUGUCCUUGAAAAGGAUGGAUCGACCAUUGUUAUUGCGGAUGAUGUACCCGAGCUAGGCGUACCGCACGAGGAGAAGCGAUUUUGGUUCCAAAGGGCAAAGUCCGACUACGAUCCCGACGCAAUUGCAACACUUGUGGUUCAGCCUAGUGUUUUCGAUAACCCUGAGACGGCUAAGAAGUAUCAACCGCACGCCAAAUGGGAGAACCUCGAAAGAUUCAAUCCUUUGGCACGAUGGACCUGGAGAGAAGAAAACAAGCUUAUUCGAAAGAUCGACAUACGCAUCAUGGUGUUCGCAUGCAUUAUGUUCAUGGCAUUGGAAUUGGAUCGAGCCAACAUUCAACAAGCCAACACUGACAAUUUCCUCAAAGAUCUGCAUCUGACAACAAAUGAUUACAAUCUCGGCAAUACGGUUUUCAAGCUCAGCUUUCUCUGUGCCGAAUUACCUUCUCAGCUAGUGUCCAAAUGGAUCGGCCCAGAUCGUUGGAUCCCCAUGCAAAUGGUUCUCUGGUCCAUCGUCGCCUCUGCGCAGUACUGGCUUUCCGGGCGUGCGAGCUUUCUCGCAUGUAGGAGUCUUCUCGGCAUCUUACAGGGUGGUUUCAUUCCUGAUAUUAUCUUGUACCUUUCAUACUUCUACAAGCACCACGAACUCUCUCUUCGCCUCGGGUUCUUCUGGACGGCCAUGAGUACUGCCGACAUUCUCGCUGGCUUCUUCGCCUACGGCCUGCUGCGCCUUCGUGGAGUUGAAGGAAAGGAAGGUUGGCGUUGGUUGUUCCUGAUCGAGGGUCUUAUGACUCUCGUCGUCGGCCUCGCUGCCUUCGUACUGAUGCCCGCUGGCCCUUGCCAAACCAAGAGCUGGGCACGUGGAAAGAAAGGUUGGUUCACCGACAAAGAAGAAGAGAUCAUGGUGAACCGCGUCAUUCGAGACGACCCAUCGAAGAGCAGCAUGCACAACCGACAGCCAGUCACGCCGAAGCUCUUGUGGCAGAGCUUGAUGGACUACGAUCUUUGGCCGCUAUACAUCAUCGGACUCGUCUGGCAACUCCCAAUGACACCACCAAGCCAAUACCUCACCCUCUCCCUCCGAGGUCUAGGAUUCAACACCUUCGAAUCCAACCUCCUCGCCAUCCCCCACCAAUUCCUCCACAUCAUAUCCAUGCUCUCCCUCACCUACUCCGCCGAAAUCUUCAAGGAACUCACCUUCCACAGCAUGACCGGCCAGAUAUGGGUGAUACCGUUCCUGAUCUGGCUCGUCGUCGGCAACGUCGCCAAGGCGAACAAAUGGGUCGUCUGGGCCGUCAUCACCCUGCUCCUCAGCUACCCGACCGCGCAUCCCAUCCAGGUGGGCUGGAACUCGCGGAACUCGAACACCGUGCGCUCGAGGACCGUCUCCGCGGCUACGUACAACAUGUUCGUCCAGGCUUCGGGAAUUAUUGCUUCGAAUAUUUAUAGGAAAGACGACGCACCGAAUUACAAACGUGGCAACCGCUCGCUCUUGGGCAUCGCCAUCGGUAACAUAGGCAUCUACCUUCUGACCAAGGCGUACUACGUCUGGCGCAACAAGUCGCGCGACAAGAAGUGGAAUGCCAUGACCCGGGAGCAGCAGCUCGACUACCUAGAGAACACGACAGAUGAGGGAAAUAAGAGGUUGGAUUUCAGGUUUGCGCAUUAAGUGGUGUAGUGAUAGGAGGGGGAAAGAGAUGAAGGAAGGGUUGGGGGUAUGGAAGCGGAAUAGGAUGUUUGAGGGUCGGAGUAGUCGGUUCGACAUCCGGGUGAGAAGAAAUAUACUACGCUCAAU